ACUUUCUCUCUGAGGCCUGCAGAAGCAAACUGUGUUCCAGAGAAUCUCCUGCAGAGACGCGGUCUCUACGGAACCGAGUCUGAAGGAAGGACAACAGGAGCCUCAUCCUGUGGUAACGUGCAGCGUGGUGAGCGGACAGAACGAGCCGUCUUUCAUCCACUGCUCCGGAGGUUAGCUGGAAGCUAACCCUUUGUUCACAGUGGACCUUUCUUCAAACCUCGUCGCCCGGACAACUCCUAACCACGGUUCAUGAGAAAGCAAGAAUGAAAAUCUGACAGUGGAAAACAAGGAGCUAAAGAAACAAAACCAGGAGCUGGAGGGAGAGAAGAAAACCCUGAAGGAACAAAUUGAAAACCUGCAGGACACUCUGAAUGAGCUUAACGUCAGUCGAGCUCAGUGGAGCAUUGAUGCCUACUGUCCUAAAAAGACAACAGAGAGGAAGCGUAACCCUUGUCAGGAAGGCUGGAUUACCUUCCAGACCAGCUGCUUUGCAUGUAAUAACGCAAAGAAUCCUCAUCAGAGAAGCUGGGAUGGAGCACAAGAAAACUGUAGAGAAAAGGCUUCACAUCUGACUGUUGUAGCUAAUCAACAGGAAAAGCUUCCAGUCUCCUCCCAACCAUUUUCCUCCUCCCCUGGUGCCCAUAUGCCUGGCCCCUUCAUUAAACCCAGUAUGAAAGAGAUGUCUUUUGCUGGCAGUCACUCCACCAGAGCCUGACGGGAGCCUCCCUCGCAUGCAAGGAAACCCUUCACACUGAGUCAGGCUUGGAAAGAAGAGACAAAGCCAACUGCCAAAUCUUGAUCCAUUUACUUCUAAGUGAGACCUCGGUUUGCUAAUUUUUUUAACUAAUAUGGAGCUCCGCGGAAUGCAUAAAAUCUUCCAUCCAAAUCACCACGGUGAGGGGAAGCAACAGAUGCUGAACUUGAACCGACGCCUUGAAACCUAUCUCAGUCGAGUCAAACUUCUAGAGGAGGAAAAUGAAAUGCUUGCAAAGGAGAUCAAAGUUUUGAGUCACAACAAUCAGGGGACCCUGACACGCAGGAGGGGCUUUGAGGAAGAGCUGAGACAGGCGAGACUGGAAGUGGAUGCUGCCUGGAGAGAGAGGGUCCUCACAGAAGUGGAAGUUGCGAAGCUGACAGAGAAGAUUCAAGCCCUUGAGCUUCAGCGACAGAGGGAGGCUGAUGCCAAAAUGCUGGCCAAGACAAAGAUGGAGCAAAGCAGGAAGGAGCUGGAAGAUGAGCAGAGGGCACAGAACUGGCUCAGGGAGACGGUUAAUCAGCUGGAACAUGAAAUGAGAUUCCUAAUUCAAACCCAUGAAGAAGAUGUGGCCCACCUAGAGGCCACGCUGACUCAGUCUAGAGCCAAAAUGCUUCCAAACCUGAUUCAAAGGAGCAAACGGACACCAGACCUCCUCAAGAUGGGGCAUGAGUUUUCCCAGAAGGCGACCAGAGCUUGGCAGGAGGCCACAGAGGCCUAUCAGGGCCAGUUAGCUCAGCUGGAGGAGUCACUUGAUCAGGCCAGAAGUCGUUUGAGUCAAGUUUGCCAAGAGAAACGUGAGAGCCAACUGAAGCUUCAAACUUUGGAGAAGGACAUAGCCUCAGCUAAGGAUGUCAUGCUACAUCUGGAGAAGACUGUAGCCCAGCGCAGGGAGGAGCACUGCCAGGAGAUCCAGCAGCUCCAGGAACACUUGGAGUAUUUGGAGGUAGAAAAGGUGAAGCUGGGCCAGCAGAUAGACCAUCUCUUUCAGGAGAACCAGAGCCUGAUGCAGCUGAAGAUGUCUCUCGGUCUGGAAGUCACAGCAUACAGGGCUUUGCUGGACGGUGAGAGCCUUGGAAGAGAUGCAGCUUUGUUGAAUAAACCAAGAAACAUUUCCAUUAGAGAUGCAGUUCUGAGUCCUCGUGGGGUUAAAAAGAAUUACCCAACCCAGCUGUCUGCUAGCCUCAAAACCACUUACUCAUCAUUUGUGAAAGACAGAACAGGAUCAGCAAUAACCCCAACACAAAUCCUUAGCAGAACAUCUGCAGCUUUAAGGGAACCCCAUCAGGAUACAAAGAUUUCAAGCAAACCUGCAGAAACAGCUGCAAUAAAGUCUGAAAUUCCAGAAAGUUCCUAUCCUAAAAUACUUCAGAAUGGAGCAGCUGAAAACUUUAGGCCAGAGGAGGUUCAUGAAAAAGUCACCUAUGCUGAGCCUUUAUCGCCUCCUAAUGAACAGGAGGCACCUGAGAAAAUGUCUGAGGAUGAGGAUAAAACAGUGGUAGAAGCAGCAGUUGAGUCUGUUUUUAGCCAUACGGCUGAGUUUGGUCUCAGCAGGAAGGCACCUUCGAAUGAGAAAACUGGUAACCAACAGUUCACAACACCCAGCCCCAUAUUACAUAAUGUCAGAAUGACCGAGCAACUCUGUCGUUUCUCAGAUGAACUUGAAAAGGAUGUGGGCUUUGAGGGGGAAACUGAAGAAAAAGAUGUACAACACCCAAAGGCUCAAGCGGAUACGUCAACAGAGGCAGAGCAUGUGCAAGAUGAGACUUCAGAUUCUGAAACUGAAGCAAUGCUUGAACCAACCUUUGAAUCCAGACCAAGCAGUCCUGAAUCUGAAUGUGAACCACAGGAAAGUGUUUUUAUCCAAGAUACAGAUUCCAGAAUUGAUGAAAGUAUUUUAAAUGUUGAUGCAGUUAAUGUGAGACAAGAGAUUAGCCUUUCUAUGGAAACAAAAGGAAGGGAAGACGAGGAUAAGUUGUAUCCUGAUGGAGAAGAGAUGGAUACGUGGGACAGUGUAAUUGAGAGAAAGGUCAGUGAAAGUAUAGAUGAUGGUGUAAAAAAGGAAGGGGACAUGCAACAUGCUGAGCCAGAGGAGGAUAUAUCAGCAAAGGAACCAGAAAAGGAAAAAAGAGAAGUUGGUCAAUUAGGCAACAUGGCUUCUGUGCUCACACAAGUAGAUGAAGGACACCACACCCCCCUAUUGGAGCAAGAGCAUCUUCCACCUCCUGACAAAGAAGAUGAAGAUUAUGAAGAGGACUCACAGAACGUCUCUGUGUCAUGGAGGACAGAGCUGGAGAGUAGCAGCUAUGCUCACGAAAACACUCUUGCUGACACUCGUCCCCUGAUCCGAUACAAAAGCGAUGACACUGACGCCAACACUCAAGCGUCACACAUUGAUGAAAGUGAGUCCAGUGAAGGCGAGCAGGAAAAGAUGGCAGGAGAGGCGAGAACCGGAAUAUGGAGUGACGGCAAGCCCAAGACUUUUGGAACCAUGGAAGAUCUGUGUGAGGAAGUGGAAGAGGAGACAGUAGAUGAUGACUAUAAUCUGGGAUACACUCAUGUUGAAGACAGAGAUGUUGAACAAGGUAAUAAAGUAAGUGAGUAUGGUAUACUGGUGAAUGAUGCAGAAAAUGCUCUAGGAGUGGUAAUGAGUAGUGUUGAGGGACAUUCCCAAGAGGAAACGGAAGAACUUACUGGAGCCACUGUACGCACUAAUGUAGACUAUGAUGAGGAGCUGGAGACGGACAGACUAGUGGAACAAGAAUUAGAAAGUUUGUCAACAAUUAGUUACAGUGCUCAUUUUGCACAUGACCAGGUCCGAGAAGAUAUCUUAAAACUGGAGCAAACGUCCAUGGAGGAAAUAAAUGAACAAGAGGCUACAGAUGACACUUCUACCUGUGAGCCAGCAAACUAUGAAUCUGCUUUGUCCACUGAAGUUAUAGAUGAGGCUUCAGACUGGCAACCUUUCAUUGAUCCAUCUGUUGAGACACAUUCAACAAGCUUUCUGACUGAGGAGGCAGUGAAAGAGCAAGAGAUCCAAAAGCCAACAGGUGGUUCUUCCAGUGAGCCUGAAAUGAAUGUGAACCAUGAACAGGUAUCUUCUACCAUAGUUAUAGAGGAGGCAUUGGAGAGGCGUACUUUUGGUGAAGCAUAUGUUGAAAUGCAUUCAACGAACGCUCUGACUGAGGAGGACAUUCAACUCAACAAUCAAGAAGCUGUAGAUAACCCUAAGACAAGAGAGGAGGAGGAUGAACAUGCUGAUGAAACCGAACAUGACUCUGGGUUGAAAGACUUCUUCAGCAGGUCUGCUAUGGAAGACAUCAACAACAUACAGGACCAAAGCUCUGUGUUACUGGUACCAGCAGAUCCGAAGCCUCUUACAGAUGAUGAUGCUCCUUUUGAGGUCACUGAGGCACUUCCUGAGGAAACACCCAAUGUAUCUCAACAACAUCUCAUUGAGGAUGCUGAGGACUUUCAGAGGUUCCCUGAAGAUGGAGAAACAGCUGGAUGGGAAAACCCAGAACACACAACAAAGGAAUCUGAUAUGAGUGACCAGAAUGAACAUGACCUAGAGAAAGAUAAGAUACCCGAAUUAUCUGAUGAUGACAUUAUCAUAAAUACGGAACAGCCUGUCAAAAUGUCUCCUGAAAGUGCCCUGAAUGUAAAUGAUAUUUUUAUAGUAAAGGAUGUAACAGACAGCAGUCUCGAUCAUCACUUCCCCUCGGAUGGGAAGAAUGACUUCUGGGUAUCCUCUCUGGAGACCGGUGCCACCUAUACACCAGGCCAUGGCUUUACUGAAGCUGCAGAGCAAACUAAUCAGAAUCAAGGAUUUGCUGACAGCAAGGAUAGGGGGAACUUGGAGACCCCAAAGGUAGUUAAUGGGAACUCCAAACUGGAUAUUGACCCAUCUGGCCUGGAUCCAAUGAAAGAGCAGGAACAGAUGAAUACGAAAGUGAAGAGAGUGUUUUGUAGAAACGCAGUUGAGGCGGAGAUGGUCCAUUCUGAGGAAUCAGAUGUUGAGGCUGAAUCUUGGUCAUCUGGGGAAGAACCAGCCUAAAGAAGGGAAUACUUACAAUUAAAUCAGCCCAUAGAUGAAAAAAGAAAUUGUUAAGAGGUAAAUUGCGGUUUAGUUUGAUGCAUCUGAAAACCAAAGUUGCCUUUGUGCAUUUCUUAGAGAAUAAACAACUAGUGUGCCAACUCUCACUACCUUAAUUGGAGUCAGUCAUCUCACAUUUCCUUUUAUUCUGCUAUCUAAUUCCCUUUCAGUAUGCAUGCUGAGCAGAUUAGAACUCUUUGCAUAAGAGGAAAGCAUGAAAACAGAACAAAGAGUAUCAUUUGAAAGUCAAAACAGUUAUUGAUCAGUGCCUAAUGUGAUUUUGCUGUUUAACCGAAAUCAAUGAGGCCAGCUAUUGCAUAGUGACAACGAUUUCAUUUUCAUAAGCUUAUAAAUGACCCGUCUUUGCAUGUGUUACUCGUGUAGGAAGAAAGAUGGAUUGGUUUUCCUUCUCUCUGUAAAAGUUCAUUAAAGCUGUGGUAAACUCAAAGUAGAAAAUAAAGUGCAGACUUAUUAUG